GAAAUAAAGUCGAUGUAAAAAUCGAUCAAAAAAUGUGAUGAGAGAGAUCAUGCGAUUCCCGCAUGUAAGCUAUAAAAAAACCAAAGCUGUACUAACUCGGCUUCUAUUUUUUUGCAAUCUAUUUGUAGAAAUAAGGAUAGUAUGUCCAGAAAAGCCAUACUCGCAGCUGUCCACAAAUUCCCAAAGUUCAGCUCGGCGACAAGAAAUCAUCAAAAUGACUGAACAACUUAUCGAAGCUAUAAACACGGGAGAUUUCGAAGCUUAUACGAAAAUUUGUGAUCCACAUCUAACAGCUUUUGAACCCGAAGCAAUGGGAAAUUUAGUUGAAGGAAUGGAUUUCCAAAAAUUCUACUUCGAUAACGUUUUGGGAAAAAAUUGCAAAGCUGUUAACACCACAAUUUUAAAUCCUCACGUUCAUCUUUUAGGAGAAGAUGCGGCUUGUAUCGCUUACGUUAGAUUAACACAGUAUAUGGAUAAGUAAGUUUUUUAUCGUUAAUUU